AUGGGUAAAGGAAAUUUCGAUGAAAAUGGUUCAAUACGACUUUCACUUCGUUGGUAUUAUUCUAUAGUAGUAUGUUCACAGAUUAUUGGAGUUAUUGCAGUUAUUUUAAUUGGUGUUUUUCUUGGGAAAUAUCGUGGUGGUUUUGGUUGGGGUUCUGAUUUGGAAAAGGUAUUUAAUUAUCAUCCAUUAUUUAUGACACUUGGUAUGGUAUUUUUCUAUGGUGAUGCUAUUUUGGUUUAUCGUGUAUUUCGUGAUGUACAAAAAAUUUAUAUUAAAAUUCUUCAUGCAAGUUUAUUGUUAAUUUCACUUAUCCUAACAUCAAUUGGUCUUAAAGCUGUUUUUGAUAGUCAUAAUCGAGCUAGUCCACCGCAAGAAAAUCUUAAUUCACUUCAUUCAUGGAUUGGCCUUACAACUGUAGUUUUAUUUGGUUUACAAUGGAUCUGUGGUUUUGUUGCUUUUCUUUUCCCAAAAUUAAGUGAAAAUAUUCGUAAAGCAUAUAUGCCAAGUCAUAAGUUUUGGGGAAAAUUUAUAUUUAUUUUUGAUGUAAGUGCAGUUCUUAUGGGUAUUACAGAAUAUGGUAUUUUUAAUGAAUUAUUCGAUGAUAAAAAAUUAAGACAUCAACGAAAUAUGAUCAAUAUUUUUGGGUUUUUUGUUGUCACUUUUGCUGUUAUUAUUAUUUAUCUUGUUGAUAAUGAUGAUUUUCAAAGACCUCCAGAUAAUGAGUCGGAACAUGCACCUUUGAUCGAAUAA